AUCGGAGACAUGCUCUGGCCACAGUAAAAGGAAGAACCGAGCACACCCGCGAAGCGCUCGAUUCCACUCCCUGAGGCGAGGUCGCGCCGGAUUCCGAUCGACCCCUUCGUCCCCUCGAGAAGGAAGAAGAAGAAGGACGCGUGGGGGCAUCCCUUCUUUCCGAGAUCCGUGCACUCGCGAGAGGCACCGUUACAGGCAUGGAGGAACAGUUCAUUCUCCGGGUUCCGCCUUCUGUUGCCGAGCGAAUAGAACGACUAUUGAAUGAAGAUGCAUCUUCUUCUGAUGACAAGGAGUUAGAUUUAUCUUUCUCUGAGGAUGGGAGGACUGGAACUUUUGUCAUUGGAAAUGACCGUUUCACUGCCUCUCUUAUGGAUCUACCAACCGUUGUAGAGUCUUACAAGACCUAUGAUGAUACUAAUAUAAUCAAAACUGCUGACAUUGGUCAGAUGAUAAUGGUCAGAGAACCGGGAGAUCCUGCCCCAGAUGUGGUGGAGUACAGACAUGGUCUGACUCCUCCUAUGAGGGAUGCACGCAAGAGAAGAUUCCGCAGAGAACCUGACCUAAAUCCUGAGCUUGUGCAGCGUGUUGAAAAGGAUCUGUUGAACAUCAUGGCUGGUGGGACAGCAGAAAAUGCUGAUGUGGACAUGGCUGAGCAAGAGGAAGAUGGAGAUGAAAAUUCACGCAAACCAGGCAAGAAGACUGCUCCUAAGCCCGCUGCAAAACCCAAGGUGCUGGAGGCUGAGACUAAUGCGGGGGAACCUGAAAGAAGUGAUUCUGAUGAAUCUGAUGAAUCGGGCUAAUUUGGAUAUUUCUGUUUUCUCUUGGUAGAUAGUGAGGUCUAUAGUAGUUCUUUUGAGAGGUGUGACCGUUCACUGCAACACAUUACCAGUAAAAUGUUGGCUGUCCCCUUGUUCAUUGCCAUUACAUCAGACUAGUUAUACAAAUGUGAAUAUGUUAAUUAUUUCUUUAUUUUCUGGUUGCCUGGAAUGGACAAAAGAAACCUCUUGUCCUUUCUUUAACAAUCCGAUCUCUAGUGGA